CAGAUAGCGUCCAAGUGAGCACAAUUUGAUAUGUUGAAGCAGAAGCAGAAGCAACCGAACUGGCUGAGCACAUUGCUGCUGCUGCUGGCCUGCGCCGGCGCCUGGCUGAGCCUGGCCCAUGCCGAGGAGGAGGAGGAAACGGCCUCCAUGACAUUGAACGAGGUCGUUGAGCUGAUCGAGCCCUUCGCCCAGGGCUGUGACCCCAAGCCGGAGCGCGGGCACAUCGAGGAAAUGGUGCUCAACAAGCAGGACGCCUCACAUGAGAGCAAAUGCUUCCGACGCUGCAUGCUGCACCAGUUCGAGGUGAUGCCCGCGGGCAAGACCGAGUUCAACGAGGAGAAAACCCUGGACAUGAUGAACAUGAUGUUCUCCGACAGGCAGUCCGACUCCAAGUCCAUAUUCGCCAAAUGCAAUCAGGCCGGCAGCGGCCUCAGCGACGAGUGCGAGGCGGCCCACAGCAUCUCCAUGUGCAUGCUGAGCGAGAUGCGCGACGCCGACUACAAGAUACCCGAGGUCAAGGAGUAGACGCGUCCAAUCCUGGCCAGCAUUGUUUGUGUUUUUGUGUGUUUUUUUUUUUUUUGUGUUUUCGAUAUUUUUGUAACUUUUGGCACACGCACGCCCUAACUUAAUUCAAUUUAAUUCAAUUAGAAAUCAUUUAUAGAGCUUGGGCUCCUGGUUCCUGGACAUGCACAAGCGAAUAAAGCGAGCAGCCGCCG